AAGAAAAGACAGACCGUAAUCAAUCCCCGGUAAACAUGGCGGGUUACCUAAAAGCUCUGACCAGCGUGUCGAGAAAUGCAACCGCAGCACUCUCACCGGCCGCCAGCUUCCAUCAACACAGACUGCAACAGAGGAACUAUGCUACAAAGAGGAUCAAGGUGGACCAGCCGGUGGUGGAGAUGGACGGAGAUGAGAUGACACGCAUCAUAUGGGAGUUCAUCAAAGAGAAGCUCAUCCUGCCCAACGUGGAAGUGGAGCUGAAGUACUUUGACCUGGGUCUGCCCUACCGUGACCAGACAGAUGACCAGGUCACCAUUGACUCUGCACUGGCAACUAAGAAAUACAACGUGGCUGUCAAGUGUGCCACCAUCACCCCUGAUGAGGCCAGAGUUGAGGAGUUUAACCUAAAGAAGAUGUGGAAGAGUCCGAAUGGAACGAUCAGGAACAUCCUGGGCGGCACAGUUUUCCGUGAGCCAAUCCUUUGUAAAAACAUUCCCCGUCUUGUUCCCGGUUGGACACAGCCCAUAACAAUUGGCAGACAUGCUUUUGGCGAUCAGUACAAAGCCACAGACUUUGUUGUUGACCGGCCUGGCAAGUUCAGGAUUGUCUUUUCCCCAACUGAUGGAAGCAAGCCGAAGGAGUGGGAUGUGUUUGACUUUACUGCUGGGGGCUGUGGGAUGGGAAUGUACAACACUGACGAGUCCAUCUGUGGGUUUGCUCACAGCUGUUUCCAGUUUGCCAUUCAGAAGAAGUGGCCUCUGUACAUGAGCACCAAGAACACCAUCCUCAAGGCCUACGACGGGCGAUUCAAAGACAUCUUCGAGGAGAUCUUUGAGAAGGAGUACAAACCACAGUUUGACAAACUGAAGAUCUGGUAUGAGCAUCGUCUCAUUGACGACAUGGUGGCCCAAGUCCUGAAGUCUUCAGGAGGAUUUGUUUGGGCCUGCAAGAAUUAUGAUGGAGAUGUGCAAUCAGACAUUCUGGCUCAGGGUUUUGGCUCUCUGGGUCUCAUGGCAUCAGUCCUGGUGUGUCCUGAUGGUAAGACCAUUGAGGCUGAGGCUGCCCAUGGCACUGUCACCAGGCACUACCGUGAACACCAGAGGGGAAAACCAACCAGUACCAACCCGAUAGCUAGCAUCUUUGCUUGGACCAGAGGACUGGAGCACAGAGGCAAACUAGAUGGAAAUCCUGACUUGAUAAAGUUCUCCCAAACGUUAGAAAAAGUCUGCGUGGAAACUGUGGAAAAUGGUGUGAUGACCAAAGACCUCGCAGGCUGCAUCCACGGUUUGGCUAACUGCAAACUGGACGAACAUUAUGUCAACACAUCAGACUUCCUGGAUGCAAUCAAGACCAACCUGGACAAAGCUCUGGGCAAAUGAAGAACAAUCAGAAGACGCACCUGCCAAUGUCUAUAGAUUUUUAACUCGUUUUUACGUGUUGUUUGUAUCCACUUUUGAAGGAACCAAGUUUACUAUUUCUUGUGCCAUUUUCCUAUUUGUUUAGAUUACUUGCACAGCACCUUAUGUAGCUUGUCUUCCUCUGCCUUUGCUAUUGCCAGCAGUCCUUUUUUGUAUUGCACAACUGAGUGAUUGUAAUGAAUUAAUAUUAUUGCUAAUAUUAAUUUAUAGUGGUCCUUACAAGGAAGUUUCUCCCUUUUGCAUUUAAUUAAAAGAUAUCUUCAGGAAUCUAUAUGUACAAAAAAGGGCCGUAAUGCCAUGUAUUGCUCUAAAAGCUUGAAUAUUAAACAGUAUAAGCUAAUCACUCAAAGACAA